UCAAACGAUACACUUGUGGAUCGUAUAGCAGCUUUUGGGCCUAGAAUCAGUGGCGAUAUAGAUAUUACUGGAAACCUGGUCAAGGUGGCCUCUUUCAUCGAGCAACAACAACAACAACAGCCAACGCUUCCAACGGUAAAGAAUUGGAUUGCUCUCGUUGAAAGGGGACAAUGCUCAUUUCUACAAAAAGUAAGAGCCAUGCAGGAGAGUGGAGCCAUUGCCGUUGUCGUAGGUGAUAGAUAUUUUAAUGGUUGGAUAACCAUGUAUGCACCAGGUGAUACCUCCGAUAUACAUAUACCUAGUGUAUUUGUAGCUCAACAUCAAUAUAAACGAUUAUUGAUGAAAUAUGUACUUCUUGUCCAUAGGCCUCUCCUGGAUAUGCUGUUAGUAGUUGUAUUAUCACCUGCAGUAAUGAUGUUGUUUAUUUAUCUUACUUGGCAGUUGAGGCAAAGGCAGCGAAAGAAGAACGACAUUGCACCGCAUAAUAUAGUAUCUAGACUACCGACUUACCAAUUUCGACGGGAAAAGAAGAGCAGCAAUCACAAGACAAUUUCAGAAGAGGAAGGGGACGGGGCAACAGACGGAGAAGGAGAGCUGCUAUGUGCGAUAUGUCUUGAAGAGUAUCUGGAUGGAGAAGUAUUAAGAGUCCUACCAUGUAAACAUGAAUUUCAUACAAAAUGCGUAGAUGCAUGGUUAACAUCCCAUAAGAAAUUUUGUCCCAUCUGUAAGUUUGAUAUCUGCCAGAAAUCUGUAAACCCUUUCAAACGGUCAACAAGAAGAUCUUCCUCAUCUACAGCUGCAGCCCAUAACGUGAUACCCUCUCAUAAUAACAAUAACAAUAGCAAUAAUAACAAUGCGACGGCAAAUGAACAUACACCGCUGUUAAGCGCAUGA